AUGAAUGGUUCCUCGUUGCGAAGUAUGUUCGACGGAUCAACAAGAGAAUCGGAUCUUGUUUUGGGAAGCUCUACAAAAGUCCUCAACAUUAUGCGAACACAACUGCCGGCAGUGGCUGAUUUUGUCAACACGACCUUUGAAGAGUUUGCGUUACUUAACCAGGAGGAGAAGUGGACUGUUUUCCGAUCGUUUAUCACUACGCUUUGGAUGAUGGAUUCGUUCUAUCGCACUUGCCGUCUGGUACCUCCUGAUCUGUUCAGUACCGUGAUGCUGAAAGAGUGCUUGAAAGACGGAGAAAGGAUCAGCACGCUCACCGUCAUGCAAAAUCUAGAAAUCACUGAAACCGAAUACGCAGCGCUUCUCGCUCUUGCUCUGUGGAGUCCAAGUGAGUCAUUUGGUCAAAAAAUUCACAGCUCUUUAUCAUGU